CGCGGCUUAUGUGACGAUCGAUAAGGCUUACUGUGAAGUGGAGUAUAUCGUUCUGAUAUAGCUUAUGGCAAAACGGGUAAAAGUUGUUAAAGAUCACAAAGAUAUGUUUUUUGUUGUCUAAACAGUUCACAAGUCCUCCACAAAGAUUGAGCGUAGUCAUCAAGUUCGAAGAAUGAGAUAAUACCGAAGUCUUUAGUUAUGUUCUUCUGAAGAGUGCUACUGUCCUGGAGACCGGUAAAAUGUCGGCCAGUGAGUGCUUCUUUAGGUGAAAACCUCUUCAAGUGCAAUUGUAAAGCUCUAUUAAAACUGUUUUCCGAUUCUUGAUCACCGCCGAGUGCAUCCGUUCCAGGGGAAAAAGCAGAUUAACAUUCUAUUAUCUCUGCUAUAAAUCGUAACCCAGAAAGAUCACCACAUUGUGCGUUUGUUUUGGUUCCGUAAUACUUUAGAUAGAUGAAGACGAGGUAUAAAUAUGAAUCAAACAUUGCCAUCGAACCAUCAGUUACAUACCGGAUCUGUUGAAGCUUCCAUCAUGAAGUCCUUCAUAGUGUUCACACUCUGUGCUGCGUUUUGUAUCAUCUCCGCUCAUCCCAUGCUGGACGACGAUGACGCAAAAAAUCGAGUUGUUGGUGGUACCGAUGCUGCUCCCGGUGCAGCUCCAUUCCAAGUUUCUCUGCAAGGACUAUUCGGACAUUCGUGCGGUGGUUCCAUCAUUGAUCGCCAGUGGGUACUAACGGCUGCCCACUGUGUUCAACUAACAACGCCGAAGCUAAUGAAGGUCCUCGUUGGCACAAACCUGCUCAAUUCUGGUGGGCAACGUUACGGAGUGGAGAAGUUCUUCGUCCACAGUCGCUAUAACAUUCCCGCAUUUCACAACGACAUCGCAUUGGUGAAACUAAAAUCAAUGAUACAGUACAAUGAUCUUGUACAAUCCAUCGCUUAUUCGGAGCGCGAGCUUCCAGAGAAUGCUACUCUUACGCUGACUGGUUGGGGAUUGCUUUCUGCUGUCGGUCCAAUGACUAAUAAGCUUCAAACGAUCGAUUUGAAGUAUGUUCCCUAUGAAGACUGUAAGCGUCUACACGAUAACAGUCCUAAUGUGGACAUUGGACAUGUCUGCACAUUGACGAAGAAAGGAGAAGGUGCAUGCAACGGUGAUUCUGGUGGACCGCUUGUGUACGAAGGAAAGCUUGUUGGUGUGGUGAACUUUGGUGUACCAUGCGCCGAGGGUUAUCCGGAUGCUUAUGCCAGAGUGUCCUAUUAUCACGAUUGGAUCCGUACAACAAUGGCUAAUAAUUCGUAGGCACUUCAUAGAUUAACUAUUCUUUAAUUUGAAUCGAAUAAAGACAUCUAACUACCCUCACCUGAUACCAAUAUUUACAAUUACAUAAAUAUUUGUAAGUUAAACAGAGCACACAGAACUUUGAGAACAGCAUUUCAAUAAAUCCAAAUAUUGAAGCAGUUACUUUUGAAGCAGCAGCAACUAGCAACCAACAUACAAUUACUCAUCCAGUUACAAAGAUAAGACGAUGAUAAUCUUACUUAUGCCCUUGUGAAGAGGGAUUAA